AAUUGUUGCGCGUUUUCAGUCAAUAUUGACACGAUAUGUGAUUCCGGAUGUAUUCUCUUAUUAUAUGAGCUACUGUUCCACAAGGAUAGGGCCGUACAGACUGCGGCCACCAAUGCCAUCGCCAAUAUAGCUAAUGGUGAAAGGGCUCAGGAGUUGCUUAAAGAAUGCAUUCCAGUGUUAGUGAAUUGGGUGAAGACUUCCGACAACGACCUGUUGACCAAUUGGACGCUCAGAGCGUUGGCUAAUCUGGCGCUCCGAGACAGCAACCAAAUCCUUAUGACCGCAGCUAUAGAUAAACUGAUGGCUCUCCUGAUGCACCCGAACCCUGCCAUUAGACUGCAGUCCAUCAAACUGUUGGUCAAUCUCUCCACUAACUCACAACUU